GUAGGUACCUAGCAAGAAGUGUACUGCCCAUUUGCCCAUUUCGGGAACACCCUCGUCUUCUUCGACCAUUCCCGCUUCUCCCUGCCUCUUCUCGAUAUCCAAUCCACUCUAUUUUCCUUCUUCGUCCACAGGAACAAUAGCUUGUUGAGCCUUCGAUCGCCGUUCCGUCAUUUUCCCUGUAUUUCUUGCACCUUGCACGGCCCCCUCACAGUCCACCGGCACAGCUUUUUGAUCAGAUUAAUUCCUCUCGAUAGAGGGGAAACUGGUCGCCGCUAACGUGGGCGUAUUUCCAUUUUGGCGCUCAAUUCCGUCGAACUCCACUUCUCUUAAGCGCCGCCGCCGUGACAAGGUACCCGGCUUACCCCCCCUAGUAUUGUAGCAUCCAUAUUCGAGUAGAUCCUCCUCUGGUUUCUAAGCUAAGUUCUUAGGAAAUCAAUUGAGAAUCAUAUUUGCUAUUUUCAAUACCACACAUACACAUACACACACGCACAUCGAGCUUCGUUAGUCGUCGCGAGUUAUCGCGUGAAACUGUCGCAGAGAGUCGAUCUAAAGAGACUGAUCGCGUUCGGUCGCGAGGCUAUCGCUCGAUCGGUCCCGGAUUGUCACGCGGUGUAGUCGCGGUCGCAGUCGCAUAGGAAGAAUAUGGUCGUUCUCUGACGACCUUCUAUCAGGAGCUACGCAGUUCUCAUGUUAUACGUCGAUUAAAUAUAUACCAGCCCCGAGUCGCCCAUCUAUUUCUCAGCUAUGACCAUGAGUGGGGGAUUCACAGUCUCGCCCGCGUCGCUCGACCUUCGCGAUCACGUAAAGGAUCGGGCGCAACAACCCCGCCGCGACAUCUCCAAUAACUACAGCUACAAUUACAACAACUACAAUCCUAACCAGAAAGGUCCCACGACACCUAUUGAAUCUCAUUUGCUAUCGCCGUAUUCUUCUCAUGUUCGAAGCAACUCUGCCUCUCCCACAAACAAUUUCAAUACCCCCGCGGACUCUGUCUCCACCGAUAUCUACCAGUCGAGUGACCUCGGUAGCGAGUUUGAUGACGCUCUUCUUUCAGUUGACUUUAACAACUUGGACAGUGGAAUGCCUCAUUUCCUUGAGGACUUCGACAACACACAGAACUCUUUUGGUCCUCAUACAACGAACCAGGAUAAUGGUAACGUCGAUACUCAGUAUCCAUUGAGUCCCCAUCAGACGCCCUCCAUCCAAUCGACAUCGGCUUUUGAUAGUAACGCAGAGGCCGGUGUUGACUCUAAUGCCCCGGCCGAACCUCAGUAUUUCUCAAACGAGGCUCGUCCUUCCACAAAUUCUGUUGAUUCAAACCAGUCUGCACCUCAGCUCACACCUGAUACCAACGGUGAUAGCUUUUCAAGCGACGAUAACCCCAUACCGACCGCACUUGCCAUGGCUACUCGAAGCCCUCGCGUGACUGUUUCCAUGUGGAAUCAGGGUAAGGAGGCCCCAAUACAGGGCGUUGAGAGGCCACUCAACGUGGAAAUGGAAGCCCCAUCUACUACGCAUGCUUCAUAUAGUUUGGCCGGUGACCUAGCUGGUGAAGUCACCCACGAAAACCAACCGGCCGUAUUUCGAGAUGCACAUGGUAACUGGUUACCACACUCCACUGCGGGGUAUCGAGGUCUCGCCCCUGGAAACCGUCCUUCCGAAGAGGUACCGAGCCCAAAUCAACAAGCUGCCCGCAGAGAACGCGAUGAGAAGAAUAAGGAGGUUUUCGAGUGGGUUUCUCGGUCGACUGGCGAUCGGAAUGAUUUUUCUGGUGGCUCCGACAGCUCCUCUAACAGGGUUGCUAGCGGGCAGAGUUCGGAGAACGACAACAUACCUGACGCCGAGAUUCCUCUAGGGAAUACAACUGAAAAUAGGCAUCUCCCGGGACAGACGUACCUAAACGUGGAUGGAUCGGGCGGACCUCUUACACACACCGACUUUGACAUAAUGCGACAGAUAUCAACUUGGGGGGAUGCGCCGGCUAUUCAUGCUAUCCAGUCCGAUCGCAAAUACCAGCCGGAAACGUCGCAAGCGGCUAUAGAAAAGUUCAAUCGUCAAUGCCAAGAUAACGAUUCGAUCGUAUCGAGAGCAGCUACCUGGGGAACCCGCCGGCGGAGUUUGCCUAGUAUUGUGGACAUGGAAGGAAUUAUUAGUGGCAACUUCUUAAAGAAAUUGUCCAUUAGUGGUCACUCCCGUCGACCUAGUUUCAUGAAGAGAAUCCCUAGCCUUGUACGUAAACCUAGUGGUAGCCAAAUCCGGAAGCGCAAGGGGAGCAAUGCCAGCGAGAUACCGCAGGAUGAUUCCGAGGACCAAGAGCGCCGAGAGUCUAAAGACACCUUGGCUCCGCCGUCACGUACUUCUAGCUGGGGAAUUAGUAGCAUUACUAAGAAACCAACACCCAGUCUUAACACGGCUUUGGUUGGAAUGGCCACUGGAGCCGCCUCUAUCGGUACUACUCAUGCCCGAAGCGGCUCAAUCAGCGCAAUGUCGAUGACCUCUCCGAAGAGCCCAUUCGGAUCCCUCAAUGUACCGCCUGUCAAAAACGCCCUCAGGAGACAAAGGAGCAAGACAGAGCUUCCAAAGGGUUCCAAUUUCGAGGCCCUCUCACACCCGCACUUAGUCGGAAUGCUAAAGAGACAAGGCGGCCCACCUGUUGCUUCGUUAGCAAGAACCCAGCCAGCACCAGAGCAGGAUGAAGAUGACGACGACGAUGAAGAAGGUUUUGACGAAGCGGAUAUAAAGCCCGAACCAAACAAAUUGAAGCCCAUAGAACCAACCCUUGCUGGCUUCCGGGAACACAUCCACAACUUGAAUCCUUUACUACCGAGUGAGAACUCCUGGUUAGUUGAGCGUAUUGCGCAUCAAAUGUUAGCGCGCUACAAACAACUCCAGACUGCCAAAAUUAGGCAUCUACAAGUUAUCAAUCAACAGAGCUGCUCUAGUGGCACUAUGUGCCUCGCGAUGGGCGGAUCCGCUAUUCCCCUUGAUAGUAAAGGAGGCGAGCGAGGCUUUGAUCCAUUGUCGGCUCGACCGGAUUCUUCCGACGGUGAUGCUGCACCACUCGAGGGUGGUAUCAAUUCGGAAAGUUUCCCUCCGGGUAUUCCCAUGCCCCCGACAAUGUCUCUCCCGGCGGAAUUCGAGUGUCGGCUGUGCUUUGCCAGUAAGAAAUUCCAAAAGCCUUCCGAUUGGACUAAACAUGUCCAUGAGGAUGUUCAACCAUUCACGUGUACCUGGGAGAGGUGUCGUGACCCCAAGAUGUUUAAGAGAAAAGCCGAUUGGGUUCGACAUGAAAAUGAAGGGCAUCGUCACCUCGAGUGGUGGAUUUGUGAUGUUGAGGAUUGUCGCCAUGUCUGCUACAGGCGCGACAACUUUUUACAACAUCUUGUUCGCGAGCACAAGUAUACGGAACCGAAGAUUAAGACGAAAGCAGCCAUCAAGAAGGCUGGUAACGCUGACCGUACGUGGUUGAAGGUGGAGCAAUGUCACGUUGAGACGCUAGCUAAGCCAUCGGAUGAGCCUUGCCGAUUUUGUCGUAAAACAUUCCCAACAUGGAAGAAGCUUACGGUCCACUUAGCAAAACAUAUGGAACAUAUUAGCCUCCCUGUGCUGGAAGUAGUUGAUAGGAAGGAGGUCGACGCAGAUACACUCAUCAGCCCCAUACAAGAUCCUCCCCGACCCAGCUUCCCAAUCCCCCCAGUCAAACAGGAGCCCCAGCCGUUCACUUCUCAGAGCGUUAAUACAACGCCUAAUACUAUCCCAAUGGAGUACGCUCCUAAUAACCUUACGUAUGGUUCUACUCAGGUUCCACUCCAAAAUCCUUAUUAUGCGCAACAUCAAAUGACUCAGUCAUAUGCCGAGAUGUCUUCUAACCGAGGACAUCCUUUAAUGAUGCCGCCGACUUAUAAUAACCCUCAAUCUCAAUAUCAUGCAUUACCUGUCACUUCAGCGCCGUCUUACGGCUCAUCUACGAAUGCAUACAUGAAUCUACAACCUCAACCCCAACCCCAACCUCAAUCCCAGCAGGAAGGACUAGAGCCAUUCCCUCAGUUCGAGAUGAACCCACUAGGAAUACAGGAUUCUACUGGAUCUCUGGGCUAUGAAAACUUCGCUCCGGGUGGCAUGCAACCCGUCGAGCAAUACGGUAGUCACCCGGGUUCGGUUUCACCCUAUAAUCACUCACCUCACCAAGGCCAUGGAAGCUUUUACAGCUAAUAAACGACGAUUCACUACUCUACUCUACUUUGCGGUUUACGUUUGCGAUUCCUCAUUAUGACAGAUACCCCCUCGAGCUGGAGUUUUGUAGGAUAACCU